AAGGGAGAGGGGCAGAGCUAUAAGAAAAGAAAGAGUGCACAGACAGACAGAGAGAGAGGGAAGGAGAGCUGUUUUCCUAAACCCUGUUGGCUUUCCCAGUGUGCGUAUCCCAGUGUUGUUCAGUGAACUGUGCAGUGGACAGUGCCACUGUGCCUGUGUGUAGCUCUGGUUGUAUGGAACUCUGCUCCCUGCUGACCAUUGGAGAGUGAAGAGAGGCAGGAGUGGGAGGAGGAACAGAGUGCCGGAUGACCUGUCUGUGGGUUUGCCCGGCAAAGGCAAUUUUCCACGAUAGGUUUUGCAACCAUGCUGGAAAACACAGGUGGAGCAAGAGCGGAUGCUAAAGUGAAUAAUCAGUCAGAAACUACUAAAUGUGCAAUGGAAAGUGGUGACGGGAACACCGGAAUCCAAAUCAAUGGGUUUGACUUUCAGAGGCAGACGGUGCCAACCACAAGUGCAAUCACUAAUGCACACGCACAAGCCCUCCUUCAACAGUUGACCCUGACCCCAGCGCAGCAGCAGAUGUUGAUCCAGCAGGCCCAAGCUCAACUCCUGGCUGCAGCCGUGCAGCAUUCAGCUAACCAGCAGAACAGCACCACUGGGGCCAGCAUCUCUGCCUCCGCAGCCACACCCAUUACCCAGCUGCCCCUGUCACAGCCCAUCCAGAUCGCUUCUCAGCUACAGCAGCAGAAUUUAAGUCUGCCUCAGUUUGUUCUGGUGCAGCCUGGCCACUCAAUCGCCACACAACUGCAGCCCGCUCAGUUCUUCAUCUCCCAGACACCGCAUGGCCAGCAGGGCAUAUUGCAAGCCCAGAGUCUUCUAACUCAACUACCUCAAAGCCAAGCUAACCUCCUGCCGACUCAACCAUGCAUCACCCUUGCUACUCAGCCUGCCACUCCAACCCGCACAACAGCAGCCACACCUAUUCAGUCCCUGCCCCACAGUCAGACACCACCCAAACGAUUGGAUACCCCCACUAUGGAGGAGCCUAGCGAUCUGGAGGAACUGGAACAAUUUGCCAAGACCUUCAAACAGAGGCGUAUUAAACUGGGCUUCACGCAGGGCGAUGUUGGCCUGGCCAUGGGGAAGCUGUAUGGAAACGACUUCAGCCAAACUACCAUCUCUCGCUUUGAGGCCUUGAAUCUGAGCUUUAAGAACAUGUGCAAACUCAAGCCAUUGCUGGAGAAGUGGCUCAAUGAUGCAGUUUGUGCAGAGAACCUGACAUCUGACCAGGCCCUGUCCAGCCCCAGUGCUCUGUGCUCCCCAGGCAUGGGCAUAGAGGGGAUCAAUCGCAGACGGAAAAAGAGGACCAGUAUUGAGACCAACAUCCGAGUGGCCUUAGAAAAAAGCUUUCUGGAGCAGAACCAAAAACCUACCUCUGAAGAGAUCACCAUGAUCGCUGACCAGCUCAACAUGGAGAAGGAGGUGAUCCGGGUCUGGUUCUGCAAUCGCCGACAGAAAGAGAAGAGGAUCAACCCCCCCAGCAGCUGCAACAGUGGAGGAGGUGGCACCCCCAUCAAAACCAUCUUUACCCCUAGUAGCCCUUUGGUGGCCAGCACAGCAAGCCUUGUGAGCAGUUCAACUAUUAACACACCCACCACUCUGACUGUAAACCCAGUGAUGCCUCUCACCAGCACCAGCGUCUCCAGUUUGUCUUUCACAGGCACGACAGUUGGAGCCACAAACACUGCAUCCGUCAUAUCCACUGCACCUAUGAUGACUACAGCCAGCUCUCCAUCUUUGAGCCCGUCGCCAACGACUAUUCACUCUUCAACAGAAAGCAAGGCGCAAACAAUCGUCACCCAGGCACCGACAUCCAUCGCCACCACUUUAGGGACGGGUCAGCUGAUGGUGACGGCAUCAGGGCUGUCUGCGGCGCUGCAGGGGGCCCAGUUACCCAGCGGCUUUGCUGCUAUGGCUGCUGCUGCUGCUGGGCUCAACCCAGGACUGAUGUCCUCCCAGUUUGCCCCAGGGGGGGCCCUGCUCAGUCUGACUUCUGGUGGCCUUGGUAGUCCUGCCUUCAUGAGCAACAAUACCUUGGCUACUAUCCAAGGUGUGUAUCAAUCUCUGGCAUCGGGCGGAACGAUCCCCAUCACUUCUCUGGAUGGCGGCAACCUGCUGUUCGCCAACACUUCUGCUGGUAACACGCCCAACCUGGUGACCACGCCGCUCUUCCUGAACCCCCAGAACCUGUCGCUGCUCACCAGUAACCCCGUCAGCCUGGUGUCGGCCGGGGCGGGGGGGCUGCAGGUGACUGCUGAUGCCCAUCAUCAAGCAACCACGGCUGCUGUGCCUGUGCAAGCCUCGACCAUUACCACUGCCUCCAAGGCUCAGUGAAGCCAGUCAGGCUGCAUCCUGAAUUAACGCCCUAUUUCUUAUGUCGUGCACUACUCCUUUCACACAACGUGGGGAAUAGGGAGGUCGUUUGAUAUAGGCUCUGAGCUUCACUAACCACCCCACAUUCUUUCUAUUGUAUCUAUUAUUAUUUAAUCCUUUUGCUGCCACCAAAAAGAAAACAACCUCAAAUGAGGUUGAGGUUGACUUUUUUAUUUUGUAGUGUUUCCUGUUUUUUUCCUUUUUAUGAUUCUUGGAUGUUUAUUUCCCCACAAACAGUAGCCCGAUGGACACUGCUGUUGGCCUGCCGCUCCUCAUGAACCUUGAAAAGUGUCCAAGAAGAAAAAUAUCCUUGGUACCAUCAAUAUAUUCACAUUUUGUGUGUGUGUAUAUAUAUAUGUAUAUAUACAUAUAUCCUCCUAUUUCCAGGUCAGAAUUUUCUGAAAAACUGUUAAACUACUUCUAACCAAAAACUUUAAGAUUUUACUCUUAACAUUUAAACUAAACUGAUUUACUACUAAUUUCACAAUAUUCAAUAUCACUAAUGGGGAUUUGUGUGUCACCCCAUCUUUAAUUAUGUUUUUUUUUUUUGGACAGGCCUUGACGUAAUCAUAUCAGUUAAAUUGUAGAAACUUUUUUUUCUUUAUCUUUGCUGUCCAUUUUUGUUGUUGACAUUUUCAGAACUUUGUAAGUCUAAUAUUAAGUUAAGAUUCAACUAUCAACUUUUAAUCGUGGUUAUAAGGCUUUAAAAACAAGUAAUAAGUAGUCGAUAUAAAGGUUAUCAUUGCUUUAAGGGUCAGAGGGACAAGAUGUGUCUCUCUGAGUCUCUUUUUGGAAACACUGAGUUUUACAUUUUGCUGCAGUGGCAGACGAGCCCCCAAGCUUUUGUAAAAUUACGUUCUCGGUGCAGAUUAUAGACACUUAUAGAAAAUGACUGAAACAUUGCAUUGAGAGCUUUAUAAAGAGACAUGCAGUCCCGUGUCUUAUAAAGAGUGAUAUGUUUUGGAUGGUGGUCCAUUGGGAAAGUGUACAUUAUGCUUGGGUACUGAGUUGGAAACUAGAAGUCUGCAUGUGUUGUCUACAGCUCAGGCAGAUGCUGAGACAGAUGCUGAGUAACUGCAUGAUCCACAAGGCUCUGUGGCUGACUGGUCUCUUUGGGGAGUACUAGUCAGGGGGCACGGUCAUCGUACCAAAUGUAUGGCAGCAUUGGCUAGAUGGGGUUAUUGCGUUGUGUUUUUGUUUUAUUUCUUUUAAUAGUAGUACCGUCGUAUCUACUUGUGCACAGUAUCUGUACCAAAAAACUGGAUUGAUGAGCUGCAGUCUGCCUGUUGUGGGAGAAAUGAAAUUCUGUCUUUUUUGUGUCUGCAGUCAUUCGACAGGCUUACGUACUUUACGAUAUACCAAAAAUAUUUGUUAAAAUAAUUGCUGUGUGUAGCCGGUGUAGCUUAGUCUAGUCAAUAUAUUUAUGAGUACAGAAUCUCUUGUCAUUGUCAACAGAAUAUAGAAAUGCAAUAUUUUGAUGAUCAUUUUCCAAAGAUGACCUUUUUUUUUAAUUUGACAAAAUGUCUCAUCACUCAACUUUUGAAUUGGCAGCAUAACUGUCAAAAAAAGAUGGAUAGGUGGGUUGGGGCAUGAGAAAGAAAGUUUCCUUUUACUCUUUUUAAAUUGUUUUUUUUAUUGCCGGGGCCUUUUCCCUAACACCUGAUCCAUGUGAUCUUUCAGCCAUUUGAUGGCUUUUGUUUAUCGGUUUUGGCCAUUUUGGUAGCAGUUUUGGACUUUUCUGAAGCAACAUGGAAAGGUUCUGUUUUUGGUUUUGUACUAAUAAUCAGCCAUAAAACAGCUUGAACCAAAGUGGUUUUCCUCAGUAGUUGCUGUGCCUGUUCGAGCACUCAAGUUGCCGUUCCGACGAUCUUUACUCUCCACAGUGCUGACAAAUUACGUUCCUCUUCUCCCACCUCGGUCAAUACCGGAUGCUCCUGAUUUGGUGCUGCUGGAUAAGGAUCAGAGGAACCUAGCUUUAACAACUUGCUGCUGAAACUCUUGAUGGUGUUGAGCUGUUGAGAGGCCUGCAUGCUUUCCUAUAGCUUUAUGACUACACUCUGUGAAAGUCAGGUUUUGUGGUUUUGACCCUCCCGUCUGAAGGGCUCACCUAUGUAAAUGCAUAGAUCGGAUCAUCAGAUAACAUACACCUCCUAUCAGCGCCGCCAUUUUGAACCAUCAUGCUAUGAAACAGUAUGUUGCUUCCUAAAUCUGUCUGUGGAUCAGUUUGAAAACCUGCCAAAUUAUCUUACUCAACACAGUGUUGGACUAAGUACUGUUAUGUGCUACACAGUCAACUAUACCCCACGUAAAAAGUAGAAUUGUUCUGCUGCUUAAAAUAACAAAUUAAAAUACCACAGUGACAAUUAGAUCACUGAGGCUGUAAGCAGUCAAAUCUGUCCACGUUAUCCUCUUGUGUACUUCUUUUCUGUUGAAUUAUUUUGACUGAAUAUACCUCAGCAGCACUUAAACAUAAGGUUCACCUUUAGGCGUUUCUGUGUACAGAACAGUGUAGAAUGUAUAAGAACUGUCUGGCUCGCCAUUCAAAUUUUAUACUGAUGAACCAUACAUAAAAGGACAACCUACUACUGCUAUUUUCUAGUACUACUAUUUAUGGGGUAUUUCCAGGUUUAAAUAUUAUUUUGAGAUCCUUCUUGCCAAAGUAAAAACCUUUUCUCUUUGCAGCUAGGCAGGUGUCUGGCUGCUCACGUCUGCUGGUUUCCCCGUCUUGAAGGUCACAACGGGCCUAUCGGACUCAGUCCUGUUCCAGUGCUAUUUGUAGUUUUUAAAGAGUUGAACGUGUGCUAGCAAGAUGAACCACUUGCCAUUGGCACCAUAGGAUGUUACUGAAAUAUUUAUCUGAGGAAAGACUUAAGAAUUAGAGAAACAAUCUUUUCUUAAUUCUAUACAUAUAAAUAUAUAUAUAUAUAAACACGUGUAAGAUAUUCAUAUUUUAUAUUUGAACCAGUAUGUUAUCAAGACUGAAUGUAGUGUUUAUCAUGCUUACUCGG